CUUUCAAAAGUUAACCUAACCUCACCAGUCACAACUCAACUUUGUUUAUUUUUAUUUUUAAUUGAAUGAUUAAAUAUAUAUUAAAACUUUUUGUCAUAAAAUAAACCCUUUUUUAAAAUAGUUUCCACAAGUAAAAUGCCCUCAAUAGGACUAUCAUGGAUGAACUGCACGAAUAUAUGUUCGAAGGUCCUGGCUUAGGCAAAACCAGUAUUUCGGUUUUCAUCGCUAUAUUGUACAUGGAACUUUUAUAUAUUCUCACAAUGACUUUAUACGUUUUAACUAGAUAUAACGAGCAAUAAUAAUUAGUGAUAACAUGGACGAUUUUUUAAAUGCUCUAUAUCUUGAUAAACCUUUCCCUUUGUCGUGGGAAGAAGGAGACAAUCUUAACGUCACCAUAUCCAGUGAUGUUUUACAAUUUUGUGCUAAACCGGACAUGCAUGCAUUGGAUUUCUUGUAUACCAGAUACAGAAGAGGGUUAAGAGGCGUUAUUUUAAAUCCGGAAGAAGACAUUAACACUCACUUGCAAGUAUCAACUUUGCUCGGCGCCCUUCAUAAAGCUUUAAGUACCAACUUUGUCGUUUUAAUUUUGUGUCCGGACAAUGCAGUUGUGAAAUGGCACUAUUAUAUGACUUUGUGCGGGGGGUUUGAGAUUAAAAUUAUUACAGAUGAAUAUAAAGUAAAUCAAGAUGAAAUUAAUAGAGGAACCAUUUUGUUAGUAACAUUUUCCAAUAUAAAAUUGGUGGAUUUAUUGUUGGAUAUUAAUUUUUUUUCUGUGAUAAUCGAUACAAUUGAUGAGGUGGCUAAUAAAUUGAUUGUGAGGAAACUGCAAGGCAACUUUAACAUUGGAGUUACUUUUAGGAAUUUCUAUACAAAUCCUGAUCAAAAAUUACAAUGGAGCGUGCUUAAUUGGGCCAAUCAAGGAUGCGUUGGAAAAUUAGCAGAUUUUUACGAAAUAGACAAUGAUAAUUUCAACAAUUUUAGAGAUCAGUACAAGGAAUGGUGGUUCAGAAUAACUUGGCACUAUUGUGAUUCGUUUGAAAAGCCCUCAUUCAAAAAUAAGUUUGAGCAUAAUGAAAAAUUAAGAAGUUGGGCUAAGGAAUACAAUUUAUUAAAAUACACUUUGGGUGUCACUGUGAGAAAGAAAAGAAAAAAAAAGUUGGAAUACGUAAAACCAGAUAGUGAUAAGGAAAUUAUUGAAUCAAAACGUUUAAAAAAUAAAAAUACCAAAGAAAUUUUUAAUGAAGUUGAAAAAAGUGAUUCAAAUGACACUAUUAUUUAUGGUGAACAAAAUAAUUCUAAUGAAAAAGAUAUGUUUGACUUAGUAGCAGCAAACAAAGUUGUGAUAGAGAUUCCCAUUAUUAAUGAAAUUGAAAAUAACUCAAAUGAAAAAGAUAUGUUUGAUUUAGUAGCAGCCAACAAUAAGGUUGAGAUACCUGAGGAGAUUCCCAUCAUUCAAAAAGAUUCUUCUCCAGAAAUGGAAUCUGAAUUAUUUUUGAAAUCCUUAGCAACACCAUUUGAUGUUCAAAAAAUUGAAAUCGCCUCAAACGAAGAAUAUAUAAAUAGUAUUUUAAAAGGAAAUUCAGAUACCGAUGAAAGCAAAAAUACUUCAGAAAUAAAGCUGGAAGUGUCCGAAGAAAAUAUUGAUGUAGCAGAAGAUAUACCAUCGGAAAGUGAUAAUUAUUUUAGGAGUAUUUUUAGUAGUGAAGAUGUGCGAAGUAAUACUCAGGUUGAAACUACUAGUGUUCCAAUGUCUGAUGUAGACGCUUUAGUGGCUGAAGUUAUGGAAAUGAUUGCAGACUGCUGCGCUCACAGUCAUCCAAAAAGCUCUGUACCACCGUCCACCAGUGACAAAAAAAAUCAUGACUGACAAUCAGUUUUUAGAAAGUUACGAUAUUGUCACGCUUAGGUUGUUUGUGGUCAGCGGUGCCACCACGUUAUCUACACUUGGCUGCGUCGGCUAAGGGUUUAUCCUGAAAAGAGAUUAUGGGGGGAAAGGAAAGAUUUCACCACUAGUAGUUAAUGCAUCUAUUGUUACACCUUAAUUUAUGUAGAUGAUUAAAUUGGGUUUACCAAAAAAACCUGGAUGGUGUUUCACGUUCAAAUUUGAAAAGAUGCAUGUUCAAGAGAUGCUUUAUCAUCCCUCAAAAGGAAAAUUCCUUGCCAGCCGUCAAACUU